AUGGAUGUGCUUGCCCAGGUGUCGAGUGUGAUCUCGGUUCUCAGCCUUGCCAUUCAGCUUGCAGGCGGUAUCAAGAAAGCAUAUACACUUUGGGAAUCUGUUCAAGAAGCCUCUCGUGAGUUUCAAAUGAUAUGCAAGAACUUACGUGCUAUAUCGAAUCAGCUCAUGAAUAUGGUGGAUGGCAUUAAGCUCGAUCUGCAGGAACUGACCUCAAAAAGCGUUGAAACCGCAUCAAGAGAUCCACCAGGCAGCAACGUACACUUCGAUGCACUAAAGGUGGAAGCUCAAGCUCUUGCAUGCAGUACCGAAAAGCCUGUCUCAACCCCCACUGAGAGAAGCCUGCGGAGAAAGUCUGCUUUUCUGGGCAAUUUAGAGUGCAGCCUCUCUAACAUUAACACACCUUUUGGAACAAUUGAUAUCUGCAUCACUACUUUAUCGUUCGCAGACAACACUUACAAGUCGCUCACCAACUUGAUCAUGCACCCCUCUCGUUUGCCACAACUAUGCGGUGUCCGCCUCGGAAUUGGAGUUGCUCUUUCGAGGUCGUACGGGACCCUCGAACCCGAAUUAAAAGCACACAGAACGGUUCGGGACGAUUCGUCAAUCUUCAGACUCUGUAGAGACGGGCGCAUAGAUGUCAUUCGAUGUCUCUUCGAUGAAGGUCUUGCUUCUCCACAUGAUACUGAUUCUUAUGGUAGAACUCCUUUGGCGAUAGCAGCAUCCGCUGGGCAAUUAUCAAUAUGUAAAUUUCUCGUCGACGAAGGAGCUGAUUUGGAAGUUCGGAAUAUACAAAACAAUGAUCUUGAGUCAUACGUAUGUGGAACGUGGUCUUUCGAUCAUGGAAAGAGCAGAGGAGUUCCCUUCGGCUUUUCACACAGUAAGAAUCGGGUCUUUGUGCCUUGCGAUGUUUGGAUCGAAGUCCUCCGAAUGUUUAUCGAACAAUUCGAAGUCAGCGAGGACCCGAAUUCUUCUGGAGUGAUCGGAUUGCGUCGACUCGUAGACACCACUCGGUUGGUAGCCGACCGAAAACUUUUUUUGGGCCUGCUUCAAUGCUUCAAGAUCAGUUGA